AAUAUCCUCACUCCUCGAAUGCGGACACACGAAUGACGCAAAACACACAGCGCAGGCACCGCAUCGACCCGGCGCUAGCUCCAUGUGUUGCGUGGUGCAGAACUGAGCCGUUGAGAGAGCUGAGCUAAGCCAACUUUACUCGGCGGUGGUAGAGUGCUGCCCAUCUCCCCAAGGAUUAUUAGACCGACCUCUGCCUCCCUUGUCCCCUUCCACCGUGUUCUUGAUAAUUUGGGGAUAACUUUGAGCUCCAAGACACGUGGAGAUGGAGCAUGUGGCGAGGUUCUUCUUCGGGGUCUCAGGCAAUGUCAUUGCUCUGUUCCUCUUCCUGUCCCCGGUGGUCACCUUCUGGCGGAUCAUUCGGAAGAGAUCGACCGAGGACUUCUCCGGCGUGCCAUACAACAUGACGCUGCUCAACUGCCUCCUAUCCGCCUGGUACGGGCUGCCGUUCGUGUCCCCGAACAACAUCCUGGUGACGACGAUCAACGGGGCCGGGUCGGUGAUCGAGGCCAUCUACGUGAUAAUCUUCCUUAUUUUCGCGGAGCGGAAGUCCAGGCUCCGGAUGACGGGGCUCCUGGGCCUCGUCACCUCCAUCUUCACCACGGUGGUGCUCGUGUCCCUGCUCGCCUUGCACGGCCAGGCCCGCAAGGUCUUCUGCGGCCUCGCCGCCACCGUCUUCUCCAUUUGCAUGUACGCCUCGCCGCUCUCCAUCAUGAGGUUGGUGAUCAAGACCAAGAGCGUGGAGUUCAUGCCGUUCCUGCUGUCGCUGUCCGUCUUCCUCUGCGGCACCUCCUGGUUCAUCUACGGCCUGCUCGGCCGCGACCCCUUCAUCGCGAUUCCCAACGGGUGCGGGAGCUUCCUGGGCCUGAUGCAGCUGAUCCUCUACGCCAUCUACCGGAACAACAAGGGCACCGGCGCCGGCGCCGGCAAGGCCGUCGAUGAAGUGGAGGACGCCAAGAAGGCGACCGUCGCUAUGGAGAUGGCCGAGACCAAGGUCGCCGUCGACGAGCCAGCUGCCGUCGAUAAGGUUGCCGCCCAGGUGUAGCUGCCAGAAUUGAAGGACAGCAGCAGAAAAGAAGGAUGCUGCUGCUGCUUAACUAAUUAGUCUGUUAAGCAGAUUGUUGGUUUUGCUUUGUUACCUGUUCUUGGUUCGUUUGGCACUCUCUGGGAUCUGGAUAUCUUUCCCAGAAGGCCAACCUGAAAUGUAGCGUGUGGGAGGGAGAACUACGAUACAGUGCUGUGCUCUCAAGUUGUCUUUGCAAGUGUGAAGUUCUUGAUAUUUCUUCUUCUCGCCGACUCAGUUGAUUUUUUUUUGGCAAUUGGCAGCAUGUGUCAUUUGUGUGCA